AUGCCACAACUUGAGUGGAUUUAUAUUCAAAAACUUCUGGUGCCUUUAUUUGAAAAUGUAUGCGAAACCAGCACUGAUCAAGGUAUCAUAAAUUUAAGCAAUGACUUCGAAAAGGAUUUUGUAUCUGAAAAUUACUUAAAUUCGGAAAUAAUUAGUAAUCUUCAAAACUACAAAAAUGGAAAAGGUUUUACGCCGAAAAGUGAAAUUUUUACAGAAUAUAAUGAAGACCAUAUCAACGAACUAAAGUUAAUUUUUGAGGUCUUAUACUUUGCCAAAGAUUUUAAUACGUUUUAUAAAGCAGCAGCUUGGGCGCGUCAAAAUAUUAACUGCGGUGUUUACGUUGAUGCUAUUUACCUUGCCAUUUUGAACAGAAAAGAUACUGAAAAAAUUUCAAUUCCACCUCCGUAUGAAAUACUUCCUAAUUAUUUUAUUAACAGAGAUGUUAUUAUCAAAGGUUCCUUAUUAUUAGCAAAUGAAGAAAUAGUUAAUUUGGAAAACGUUCGCGAGGAAGGAAAUUCGUAUAUUAUAAAUGCAAAUUAUUCUCAAAACUCGUAUGAAUCUAGUGACGAAGGCUUAUCAUAUUUUCAUGAAGAUAUAGGUCUCAAUACAUUUUAUUUCUUACAAAAACUAAACAUGUCUCCAUGGCUUAAUACUUCUUUGGGCUUGCGACCUAAAUUUGGUGAACAUAUUUAUCAUAUAAUGAAACAACUCGCAACAAGAUAUAAUUUAGAAAGAUACUCAAACGGUUUACCAGAAUUGGAAGAUUUGAGUUGGGAUUCGUUAUCGUUAACUAAUCGUUAUGAUCCAAUGUUAAUUUACUCUAAUGGAAACGAUUUCAAACCAAGCUCGCCAGCAAUUUCAGGUAGUAACGAAGAUGUGGCGUUUCUGCAAAGUAUUGAAAAUAAUAUAGUUACGAUCGCUAAUCGCAUGAAGGAAAAAGGAUAUAGUAAGGUAGACAUUAUAAAUCACCUAAUGCAAAUUUUGGUAACAAACAAAAACAGUUAUGAAAAUGUAGCUUUCAAAAUACUUGGAAAUGAUUUUACUUCUGAACAAAAGUCUCCCUCAGUAUUAGCCCAUUACUUAACUGUAGUACGAGAUCCUAUAUUCUGGAAAAUAAACAAGAAAAUAAUAGAUCUAGUAGAACGCGUUUUAAGUGAUUUACCUGGUUAUUUACGAAACGAUUUAAUUUUUCCGGGAGUAGAAAUCGUUAACGUAGAUAUAAAAAAAUUGAUGACAUCCUUUGAAUAUUUCGAGUUUGAUGUGACAGAUGCUCUUAAAACAGGCACAAACAACGUAAAAUUUCAAGUCAAGGUUGGGCAAUAUAGGUUAAACCACAAACCAUUUUCAAUAAAACUUAACAUUUCGUCCCUGGUUACGCAAAAGGGAUUUACAAAAAUAUUUAUCGGACCAAAAGUUCUACCCGGUGAACUCGGCAAUAAGAAAAAUUUAUUCUUUUUACUUGAUUGUUUUGAAAUUAACCUAAAGAAAGGUAAAAAUAUAAUAACUAGAACUUCCAACGAAAUGAAUCAUCUGUCUGAAGACUUAACAUCAUUAAAAGUUAUAAAGAAAAGAUUGGAUGAUGCCGAGUUUGGAAUAAAUUCAGUACCUCUAAAAAUGAUAGGAUUACAGACAGGAUUUCCACAACGUUUAGUGCUUCCUAAGGGUGCAGGAGAUGGAUUGCCUUUUCAAAUAUUUAUUUUCAUAGCACCAUAUAUAAGACCAUCAACUAGUGGACGUUUUGGUAAUAUAGAAUACAAUUUAGACGCUAUGUCAACACCAGGUUUUCCUUUAGAUGUAAAAACUGACAUAAGUCAACUUCUCGAGCUCCCAAAUGCAAUUUUACAAGAUAUUUCGAUUACACACAAAGGUGGAAAUAAAGCAGUAAAUAAACAAGAAUCAAACUACGAAAAUGUAGAUUACGGUGCUAAGUGGACGAGUAGCGAAAUUGAUGAACAAGUCAAACCUUUAAGAAGUUCCAUACGACCAGAUUUUACGAUGUUAAAGGAACCUUUCGAUUUUAAGUCGAAAAAAGAUAAUAAAUAUGUAAAAUACAAUAAGAAUUUAGUAGAACAAGAUUCUGACAAAAGUAUACAAAAUAUUCUCAAAAUUCAAGGAUUACAAAAUAGUACAGGUGCAAUGAAAAACAAUAAGGAUACAAUAAGUAAUAAGGCUAUUGGUGACGAAACAAACAAUGAACUUGCUGACCCCAGUAAAAUAUUAAAAAAUGAGUUUAAAGAACCAAUCAGAAAAUUGAAAGUAGCUGCCAGACCAGAUUUUACAAUGAAAAAAGAAUCUUUUGAUUAUAAAUCAAAAAGGCCAUACAGCAAAAAAGACGAGUAUUUAGCAAAAAGAGGUGGUUACAAUAAAGGCAAACAAGAUAUAUCGAAAGAUCGAGAAGCAAAAUAUAAUGUUGACAUCACUAAAAAUAAAAAAAGUGCCAACAUAUCAGAACAAAUAAAAAGGGAAUCAAAUAAAAAUUAUUAUGAUUUAGAUAAAACGAUUUACAAUAAAAGCUCCGAGGAAACAAAUUUUGAGAAAACAAUUAAAAAGCGACAGGAUUUCGAAAAUCAACAAACACCUCUUAUUGCAGGACUCAACAAAAUAAGCGAUAAACAGCAAGAAAAUAUGUUAUCAGAAAAAGAUAUAUCAACGAUACAAAAAAAAAGUACUCCAACUGUGUAUGAUUUUCUUUUUAAUAAUUCUUUUGACACAUAUGAUAAUAUAGAAAAAGUCUACGUAUAG